GCUGCCUUCUACAACCAGAGGGAUGCCGUCGUCGAGAGGCGGCGCCAGCUGCUCUCCGACGAGCGGGCCCCCAGGAGGCAGAAGCUGCUGGCGGACCUCAUCCACAACCUGAACGAAAACAUCCUGGCCGAGGACAAGGAGGACGACAAGAAAUGGUUUGAAGGUCUACAGUCUCGUUUUAAGAACAAAUCAAGCUACAUGCGGUACAGUUGUGAAAGCAGAAUACGAAGCUACAUGAAAGAGGUUAGUAGUUUUAUUUCAAAUGUUCAUCCCACAGCGAGAGAUGCAUAUAAAAGGAUAAUUGACCUGAUGUCAGAUAAACUGAAAUCUGUGAAAUACAACGGAUGCUACUUUGACAGAAGAGAGGAGGAGGCAGUCCGCCUGUGCACUACGGAGGGAUGGUUCUCUUGUCAGGGACCUUUUGACAGAGAUGACUGCCCAUGUAAGCAUUCUAUCAACCCCUACAGCAACAGGGAAAGCAGGAUCCUCUUCAGUACCUGGAAUCUCGAUCACAUAAUAGAGAAGAAACGUGCUGUUGUCCCAGAACUGGCAGAAGCUGUCAAAACACGAGAUGGAAGAGAAGUGAACUGGGAAUACUUCUAUCAGCUGCUGUUUACCGUGGAUAAUUUAAAACUUGUACAUAUUGCUUGCCAUAAGAAAACCAACCAUAAUCUCAGCUGUGACAAAACUAAAAUUUACAGAAAAAGGAAGCAAAACCACAAGAUUUCAUAGCGCUAUCUCUGGAAGUGACUUCUGCUGUUUUCAAAAUCAUGUCACAUGGUAUCAUUUUUAAAUAGCUCUAGUUUCUUAAACAAAAAUUUAUUUAAGAGUCCCUGGCAAAAGAGACUUGCUAAGUAAUUCAACUGCAAUCUCACAAAGCAUACAUUCCUAUCAUGCCUAAUUCUACUCUCCCGUCUUCUCACUUACUACAAGCCUUCCUUAGAUCACACUGUGUUACGUGUGAUAAAAUACAGCUGUGAGUCAGAGUAUAAAAAUGAGGCCAGAGGCUGACACCGAUGAUGCCCUACAAUCUCUUUCUUGCCAUGACAAAUGUAGGCCCAAAACUUACACAGAAAUGAAACUUGGACAAAACAUUCCUUAAAAACUGAUCUGAGGGGACUUGUAGGUUUGUGUUUCUCUGAACAUUAAGCCAAAGAAUACUUUAGGAUAAUUAUUUUGCUCUGUGCCUUUUCCAGGCAGACAACCACUGUAUUUCAGAUACGCCAAAGGGCGAUUCAGUGGCAGAGCUGCUGGCUCUUCUGUACCAAAAUACCUGCACUCAUCCAUGACCACUCCAUUUGCUGCUGCUCUAGACAUGCAUCUCCUAGAAGGAAAAGCAAGGCCGUGGCAUAUCUUUGCUUUUACCACCUUUGUUCUUUGUCAGCUUUCCCACUGAUUUCCCUCUCCUUUCAAGCAGUUUCUGCCUCUUUAGCUUGAGUUUGCUUGAAGCAAUACAAGCAAUGUUACUGUAUAAUAAUCAUGUUUACCAUAUUGCUUUUGUAAAACACUUCCUACCUCAGGUAACAAACUACAAUUUUUACUUGAGAAUUUUUUUUUUUUUUAGUAUCAGCUGACAGCAACUGAACUUUUGGGGACUUUUAAGUGUAAACGAUGUGAAUUUUUUUAAAAUAAAAAAAUUACCACUAUCUUUCUGUCUCUGUAUGUGGAGGCACACGAGGUUAAUCAGGUGUAAUAUGGCGUGGCCAAUACAGACUAGAAAGACUGAGCGCAGGGAAAUGUGUUUAUGAAUGGAGUGCUAGCUACUUACUGCUAUGUAAGUAACAUCAUUCAUCUCUAGGGAAGAGCUCUGUUUUCCCCUGUAUCAUUGGUCCUCUUUCCUACCCGGGCAAAUCGAGCUGGUCCACGCAGAAUUGUACUAAGAUAGUGUUGCUGUGCGAGCCAUAACUUACUAGGUCUUGGAAACGCGGGAGCUUUGCUACAGAGAGUACUGAUUUACUUUAAAUGACCAACUCAGUCCCCCUUCCAAACAUUUCAAUAUGAGAAGUAAGUAGGUGCAUUUUAAAGGCAGGAUUUCUAAUACCAAUGCAUUGAAUCGAUGCUUCCAGAUUGCCUUACUGAAUGUACGUCAUCGGUAACUAAGAUGGAAAUGCAGACUAUGCUGUUCUGACACUGGGGAAGGCAUCACAGCUAAGACUGUGAUGACAAACACAAUGUCAUCUGUACGGCACACUUCCUACAAACUGAAACUCACCGUUUUACACAGUGCUGAAACUAAAAUGAACAUCUGUGUAUGAAGACAUAUUUGCUAGAAAGAGACGGUAGCAAAUACGGCAUUUAAGGAAAGCUGGGAGAGCUACUUCAAGAUGGAGUUGUGCUGAAAACCAUGAAUAUGCUAUUAAAAAAUUAGAUUUUUCUGUGUUACAGAAUUAGAGUGAAAAGGAGCCAAGAAAUAUCGUUGACAGAAACAAUGCAUCAGCUGGAGUGGAAAUGUGAAUAAAUUAACAUGUCAUGCAU